AUGUCGACGCUGUACGUCACAGAGCCGCCAACAGAAGGCAAGAUUGUCUUGCACACGACCAAGGGCGAAAUCGAAAUAGAGCUUUGGUCAAAAGAAGCGCCGAAAGCGUGCCGAAAUGCUAUUGCAUUAGCUCUGGAAGGGUACUAUGACAACCAGCUCUGGCAUCGGAUCGUCCCUGGAUUUAUUAUACAGACGGGCGACCCGACUGGGACAGGAACGGGUGGUGAAUCCAUUUAUGGCGAGUCAUUUGCCGAUGAGCUGCAUCAGCGCCUGCGAUUUAAUCGGCGUGGUUUGGUUGCGAUGGCGAAUGCUGGUACACGCAACACGAAUGAUAGCCAGUUUUUUCAGAUCACAUUGGAUGCAGCACCUGAGCUGCAAAACAAGCAUACCAUAUUUGGCCGCGUCGUCGGGCCAACGAUUUAUAAUGCACUUGCGCUGGCAGAAGUGGAAAUGUCUCGUACGGUGCCGGACAGGCCCGUGUAUCCACCUAAGCUUUUCCGUGUAGAUGUGCUGCAUAACCCAUUUUCAGAUCUUGUGCCGCGCACUACUCGCGAGGAGCGUGAAAAAGAGGAAAAGGUACGCAACGAAUGGGCUGCGAAAGGAAGCGAGACAGCUCGCGACGCCAAGAAACGAAAAAAAAAUACCUCUUUGCUGAGCUUUGGCGAUGAAGAGGACGUUAUGCUGGAGACUCCACGCAGUGCUCGCAAACCUAUUAGCAGCCAUGAUUUGCUUGACGAUAAAAAGCUCAGCAAGCAGAGUGUAAAAACUGUGCGCAAGUCGAGCGAGCCACAGCACGUUUCCAAAGCCGCGCCUGUUUUCGUGGUGGCCCCUGAGCGUAAGCAGGAAAAAGUUGAGGAAAUGGAGCGCGCGGAAGCCCCGAUUUUCCAGAGUGCACGCCAAGAGACGCAGCCUGUACGUGAUGCGCAGCCGAAAGGUCGCGAUCUGCUCGCUUCUUUUGCCCAGCAGUAUCGCCAAGCAUCCAGUAAAAAAGGCGAAUCGCAAACACUUUCACACUUGGACAAGUUUAGGAAACGCAUACGGGACGACAUACCCGAUGCCAAUGAGCGUGAAUACGGCGCAAGUGACGAGGAGGAUAUUGCAGAAAGCGACGUGAGUUGGCGGAAGCAUCGUGACAUUGAGGAAGAGCCUGGACUAGGGUUUAUGAACAGCAAGUCUGACACGCUGGACCUGCAUUUUGAUCUGGGUUCCAUCUCUGAAAGUAAAAAGCGUGCACGGCGACGUCGUGAAAUCCAUCUCUCGCUGAGCCAAAAUACCACGUCACUGCGCUCAGCAAAAGGCGACACAGGUAGCGUUGUCUGGCAGUCCAGUAUCUUUCUACUUACACACUGUCUCCGCCAGUUUUGGGACCCACCCUCCGAUCCGAAUGACGUGUACUUAUUCCAGCCAGACCGGUUUCGCGACCGCAACAUUCUUGAACUUGGUGCGGGCACAGGCAUCUUUCCCGUCGGUCUUUUCGCGGAUCCGCAAUGGCUUCAGGGCAAAGUCCACUGGAUCGCUACAGAUCAAGAAGAAAACAUGCCGCUUUUGCAAAAAAAAUAUCCAGGCCUCCAUAUCUCCAACGGAGCGUUGAUCCUCGUCGUUCUCCAGCUGCGUGAGGUGGAAAAUCUGCGCGAAUUUCUGGAAGCAUGGGCCGCGCAUGGCAUGUAUGAACUGUACUCGCUGUGCAACGCCGCGCUUCCAUCCACCAUGCACCAAGGCUACGCCGUGUUCCUUGGCUGGAGCACAGCGUCGGCCGAAUAA